AUGGCAUCUGGUUACAAAGCUUCACCACCACCAUUCACAUUUCAUUCCACACAACAGCAAGUCUUGUUCAUAUUAUUAUUACUCCUUGUUUUAUUGAUGCCCUUCAUCACUGGUACUACUACUCCUACUAGUGCUGGUAAUAUUACAAGAGGCUGCAUCGAGACGGAACGAGACGCACUCCUUGCAUUCAAAGCUGAACUCAGAUAUAGCAAGGUUCAUCCUAUCUCGUCGUGGGGUGAUCAAACUGAUGACUGCUGCCAGUGGGCUGGUGUGCGCUGUGACAACAUUUCUGGCCAUGUCGUCCACCUCAACCUCCAGCGCAGGAGACCGCGACAAUAUUAUGAUUAUUAUCUUUUGAAUCCAAAGUGCGAUGAGUGGGACUUGAGUGGCACAAUCAGUCAGUCUCUUAUUGGCCUCCAGCACCUCACAUACCUUGACCUUAGCUUGAAUUGCUUCACUGGUGUUGUACCUCACGAGCUCGGCAAUCUCACGAAGUUGCGAUACCUCGACCUAGCUAUUAAUGAUAGACUCAAGGUUGAUGAUGCUGAGUGGCUAUCUGGUCUAUCUGCUCUAAGAUACUUGUAUAUGGAUCAUACCAACUUUUCUGGUGUGAACAACGUCAUGCAAUCACUCAACAAGCUUCGUCAUUUGAAAAAUGCUUCUCUGUUUGCAUGCAGUAUGAACAGCAUCCCUGAAUCUCUCCCACAUCUCAACUUCACCUCCCUCACCUUCAUGGAAAUCGGAUGGAACAUGUUCCACAACAUGAGUAUUCCAGAAUGGCUCUUCAGAAUGCCCAAAUUGCAUGAUCUCUACAUGGAAGACAAUGGGUUGACAGGCACCAUCCCUUGCUCUAUUAGAAAUGCAACUUCUCUUCAAUUACUGGACUUGUCUUGGAACAGGGGAAUGUCCGGUGAUAUGCCAAGAGAAUUUGGCGACCUCUGCAAUCUCCAGUCGAUCCAUUUGGAUGGCACUUUUAUGGGGAAGCGCUUAGAGGAUUUCAGAGAUGCAUUCUCUGGAUGUAUUAGGCGAAAUUUGAAUGUACUUUCAUUUGAAAUUAGCUCAUUACAAGGCCCUUUGCCAGAUUGGUUGGGUGAAUUCAGAAAUCUCAACUAUCUCUCUCUUUCUUUUAAUUUCCUCCACGGCUCAAUCCCUGAAUCCUUGGGAAGACUCUCAAGAUUGCAAUCUUUGUAUCUUGGAGACAAUGCUCUAAAUGGUUCGAUCCCUGAAUCCUUAGGAAGACUCUCAGGAUUGCAAUAUUUGGAUCUUAGCAUCAAUGAUUUAAAUGGGCCUAUCCCAGAAAGUCUCUGGCAGCUAUCAAAUCUAGUUGACUUGGCUCUUAGUGCCAACAACUUUAACUACUACUCUGUUAUCACCGAAGCUCAUUUGGCCAAUCUCACCAAGCUCAAGUACCUGUCUCUUAGUGAGUUGAUUUUUAAUAUAAGCAUUGACUGGAUUCCAGGGUUUCAGGCAGAGCAAAUAAGCUUAUCUUCUUGUCGUGUUGGACCAAAAUUUCCAGUUUGGCUUGCUAACCAAGUGAAUCUUGGCAUUUUGGGCAUGUCUUAUACUGGAAUCAAGGAUUCAGUGCCUGAUUGGUUCUGGAACAUCACAAACACUUUGACUUUCUUAGAUCUCAGCAACAACGAGAUCAACGGAAGACUGCCUCAACGCCUGAAAUUUCAAGUCGGGCAAUAUCCUUUGCAGUUAUUCUUUGGUUCUAAUCAUUUGGAGGGAUCUAUUCCUUAUUUUCCCCCUAAUGUUUAUUGGUUAGACUUAUCCAAUAACUCAUUUUCAGGAAUGAUUCCUUCUGAUUUUGGAAACUUUGGUGGAAUAAGACCCCAGCUUACUUUCCUCUCUUUAUCUUCAAACAACUUGACUGGCACUAUUCCAAACUCUCUUUGUAAUUUGGCGGAUCUUGUGUUAUUGGAACUCUCUGACAAUCACUUGGAAGGAGUGAUCCCAAAUUGUUGGAACAAUUUGACAGGCCUACAAUACCUCAUCUUGGCAAAUAAUUCAUUAGAAGGUGAGAUCCCUAGCAAUAUUGGCCUAAUGCAAUCAUUAGAAUCUCUUGAUCUCUCAAGAAAUGAGCUAAUCGGGUCAAUUCCUACCAGCCUCUCCACAUUACAUUUUCUAGGUAGCUUAAAUCUGUCACAUAAUAACUUGUCUGGAAAAAUCCCAUAUACCAGCCAAUUGACCACUUUAAAUGAUCCAUCUAUUUAUGCUGGUAAUCUCAAUCUUUGUGGAGCUCCUCUUAAUAAGAAUUGCACAAGUGAUGAACCACCAUCAAAUACGCAUGAUCAGGAAAAUGAUGAUAAUGACAAUCUACCUAUUUGGUUUUACACUGGUUUGAUGCUUGGAUUUGUGGUUGGGUUUUGGAUUGUGUGGGGAAUACUACUAUUCAAGAAAAACUGGAGACACAUUUAUUUCCUGUUUCUAGACCACAUGUAUGAUAUGAUGUACGUAAAGAUAGUAGUUACUAUACACAAGAUCAAGAAGGCUUUGGCUGUAAAGAAAUCAAAGUAA